AUGCCCGCACGAGUAUCUACGAGGUCCACGCGGACGUCGGCCGCCGUUUCGCACAAAUCCUCCGCGGCGACGCUCGGCUCUCGAGCAUCAACAGCGUCUCGAUCCUCUUCGCUCGCUCUCGACGUCCCAACCGAAAGACCCGACAAUGAGCUUCGUGGCCAGGUGUGUGCUGUCUUCCGAGACGCGCAAAAGAACACAGCGUCACACCGCAAGCUCGUCGUCACCUUGCGCAAGAUCCAGGAGGCCUGCGCAUACGAGCCGACCAGCCUGAAGAAGUCAACAACAAACGACUUCGACGAGGAAGCCUUCAACUCCGAGUUUGUUCGGUGUGUCUUGAGGGUUAUGCCCAUCAAAAAGGCAGAGAGUGUUGGAGAGAAGACGAUCCGGUUUGUCGGUUUCUUCCUGCGACAUGCGAACGACAAGGACAACGAGAUUCUGGGAGAGGUCGAUGAGGAUGCUAGUGUCAUGCCCGAGACUCCCAGCACCAGACUUAUCAGCUACCUCAUGAGUACUGUUCUACCCCUGAUGUUGGCCAAAGACAAGUUUGUGCGGUACAGAUCCACUCAAUUAAUCUCGCACAUCAUCAACUCUCUCGACGCCAUUGAUGACGAUCUCUUCCAAAAGCUCCGUUACGGCCUUCUCAAGCGCAUCCACGACAAAGAGGCAAUGGUCCGCGCACAGGCGGUUCUCGGCCUUGGGCGCCUGGCUGGCAACCAAGUUGACGCCGCGAACGACGAUGAUAGCGACGACGACGACGCCAGCGGCCUUCUCGAGAAGCUUUUGGAAGUUCUUCAAAACGAUCCCAGCGCAGACGUGAGAAGGUCGCUUCUCGUCAACCUCCCCAUUCUUCCUGCCACUCUCCCAUACCUGUUGGAACGCGCCCGAGAUCAAGAUGCCUUGACUCGCAGGGCAGUCUAUUCGCGGCUGCUGCCAGCUCUCGGCGAUUUCCGACACCUCUCGCUCUCGAUGAGAGAGAAGCUCCUCAGAUGGGGUCUCCGUGACAGAGACGAAAACGUGCGCAAGUCCGCAGGCAGGCUUUUCCGCGAACGAUGGAUCGAGGACUGCGCCGGUGUUGCGCCGCCUGAGGAAGGGGCCCCACCUGCCGAGCCCGCGCCUCCUAACUUCGACGGCCUCCUUGAGCUUCUGGAACGUAUCGAUGUUGUAAACUCCGGUGUUGAAAACGGUGUCGCUCUCGAGGCAAUGAAGGGUUUCUGGGAAGGCAGGCCCGACUACCGGGAGGCUGUCACUUUUGAUAACCAUUUUUGGGAGACGCUAUCUGCAGAGUCAGUGUUCAUGGCUCGUAGUUUCAACGACUUCUGCAGGAGCGAGGGCAACGGCAAGUUCGAGUCUCUGGUUGAGGAGAAGUUGCCAGAGGUGACCACUCUUGCGUUUUACCUCGAGAGAUACAUCAGUGUCUUGAUUGAGGCCAUUAAGAGGGUCUCCCAGGCAGAGGGCGAAGAGGACGAGGAGGAAGACACUGUUGAGCAGGAGUUCAUCGUCGAGCAGAUGCUUCACAUCGCAAUCACCCUUGAUUACUCCGAUGAGGUCGGUCGUCGCAAGAUGUUCGCUCUGCUUCGCCAGUCGCUUUCGGUCCCCGAGCUUCCGGACGAUGUAACGAAGCUCACAAUCAACGUUCUGAGGGACAUUUGCGCGCCAGACAACGCCGGUGAGAAGGAGUUUUGCUCAGUAGUCUUGGAGGCCGUCGCAGAUGUUCACGACACAAUUGUCGAUGACCCAGCACCAGAUGACCGCACGGAAGAUAGCUUCCAUUCGGCGAAGUCCGAGGUCGGCGGUGACGUAACACCUACACGAAGCGGCAGCCGACAGAAGAGUCCAGAGCUCAGCGAAGAAGAGGCUCGGGCGAAGGCUGUCAAGGAGAUCAUGAUCAACAUGAAAUGCCUGCACAUUGUGCAAUGCAUGUUGUCCAACGUCGCCGGCAACUUACAACAGAACGACCACUUGGUUUCAAUGCUCAACAACCUUGUUGUCCCUGCCGUUCGCAGCCACGAGGCGCCGGUGCGUGAGAGAGGCCUUGUGUGCCUGGGUCUCUGCUCUCUCCUUGACAGAUCUUUGGCCGAGGAGAACUUGACACUCUUCAUGCAUUUCUUCACCAAGGGCCACACCGCCCUUCAGAUCACUGCCUUGCAGAUCCUUACCGACAUCCUCAACGUCCACGGGGCUCAGCUGCUCAGCUCCACGCCUACACUGCUCAAAAUUUACAUCAAGGCGCUGAAAUCGGGUACAAAGUCGCCCGAGGUCCAGGCUGCCGCUACUCUAGCCGUUUCUAAGCUGCUGCUGGGACGUGUCGUGACGGACGCAGAAGCUUCGGCCGAAAUGCUCAAGACGCUCGUCGUCCAGUACUUUGACCCAGUCACGGCGACCAACCAGAGCGUCAGACAGGCACUAAACUACUUCUUGCCAGUCUUCUGCUACUCGCGAGCCGAAAACCAAGAUCUUAUGCGUACCGUCGCCCUGGAUGCCCUGCACGCACUCCUGAAUGUCCGUGAGAGCUUGGAAGACGAUGACGCCGAUGUCGAUGAAGACAUGGAGAGCUUGACGACCAUCGGUGCCUGUCUGGUGGACUGGACCGAUCCUCGCAAGUGUUUCAACCCUGCAACUGGCCUUGACUUGGAGAAGAAGACUGUCAACGGUGACAUUCACUUGGAAUUCGCGCUGGAUAUUCUGGAUCGCCUGAACAGCAGCAUUAGCAAGGAAGAGAAGAAGGUCGUGGCGUCGCUACUCGGAAAGUUGUACAUCUCGCCCACGAGCACAGAGGAGAAGCUCAGAGAGGUCUACGACGAGGUCACCAUCGCCGUCAACGACAGGCUAAUCUCCGACACGACUGGCCGCAACGCUCUCAAUAAGGUCCACCUCAGUUUGGGCAAGAUCAUCGCCAGCCUCAGGGAACAGCAGGAUGGCGAACCACGUCGCAUGAGCAGAAGCGUGUCCGUCGCCGCUUCGGUCGCCGGGUCUGUCGCCGGGUCUGUCGCCGGGUCUGUCGCCGGAUCUAUCGCUGGGUCGGUCGCCGGGUCUGUGGCGCCGUCCGACAGGCAUGAGACCGACAAUGAGAAGACAAUCAACCUGGAGCCCGACAUCAAAGAGGAGGAUGAGGACAGCGAUGGCACCGUCAUCCAGACCACUCUCAAGGACGACGGCAACUCUCUUGUGAGCGAGCUUCUGUCGGACGAGGAGGGCGCGUGA